AUGCUGAAUCGAUUGAUUGAAGUAGCAACGCCUCAAAUAUUCGAAAUGAAUCAGAAAUUAUUUAACUAUGCUAUUAAUAAAAUUGUUAUUCCACGCGUCAAUAGAAUCUUGACAACGUUUGCUAUUGUUCAAGAACCAUCACCAAUGGAGCCGAGAUAUCCAUAUGAAUAUGCAAAGGAUGAUAACAUGUACUUGGAAGAAGUUGAUGAUGAAGCUAAAGUUAAAUAUUUAAAACAAAAUCCAAUUAAAUAUCCAAAAGAGCAACGUGUUAUCAACAAACUUUUCAAUGAUAAAUUUUAUUCCUUCCCAACACUCAUCAAAAGUCGUGACGAAAAGGAAACUCAAAUUUGCAAAAUUAUUUGUACAGUUUUCUCUUGUGGAAGUGAUAAAAGAUCAUUUUUUUGUUAA